AGACUGUUUACUAAGGUUUACAUUGUUGCCACACUAAUUUUAUUUAUUUUCUCAAUGCCCGGUUAAUGCUUUCAUUCUUAAAAAGUCUCCUAAAUCGACAACUUGUUUUAAAUAUCAUCAAAAUGAAUUUGAAAACUGAAAGGCCGUAAAGCAAUAAAAGCUUGAGCUUGCAGUUAAUCAAGAAAUUUGUUGAUUUAAUUAACGCGGUCGUUGAUGAACACGCCUGGGCUUAUCGAAAACUAAUUAGGAAUUAAGUGAACACAUUUUAGUUGUUUUUAUUUCCCGUCAAGGUUGGAAUUUUUCUUCUAGAAUUGAUCAAACUUAACCGCCAAGACGAAGUACCCACAGGCCUACGCUCUCCACCAGCAGAAUAGGACUGGGAAGAUGCCAGUUCUAACAAGGGAGAAUUUAGCCGUCAAAUUUAGGCAAAACUGGAUGGCUAAAUAUCCGCUUGACACCUGCAGCAAUGGUGGAUCAAACCUAGACGACAGUCUCACCAGUUUAAACUGGCUUCAGAAUCUCAACAUCAUGAAGAUUACAUCACCAACACCACCUCCAAGUCCGGUACCCUUUGGAAAUUAUGCAAAUAAUGAAAUCAACAAGAACAUGAAAGUGAAUCCUAAUGCUAUAUUGAACGUUUCUUGCUCUCCUCCUCAGUGUAAAAUGGAGCAAAAGUUUCAGCUUGGAGAUACACCACCUACAAGUUUGAACGGUGAAUCAAUAGACUAUAAGACCAAUCCAUAUGUGAAGCCACCGUACUCGUAUGCCACUCUUAUCUGUAUGGCAAUGAAGGAGACCAAGAAAAGUAAAAUCACAUUGUCCUCCAUCUACAACUGGAUUACAGAAAACUUUAUGUACUACAGAUUAGCAGAUCCUAGCUGGCAGAACUCCAUCAGACAUAAUCUGUCACUGAACAAAUGUUUCCAGAAAGUGCCAAGGAGGAAAGACGAGCCAGGAAAAGGUGGAUUCUGGAGAAUUAAUCCUGAUUAUCAUGAUAUGAUUGACAAUGGUGUGUUUAAGAAAAGGAGAAAUAGUCGAGAGGGAUCAUGUUCUGCUCCUCCAUUAAAGAAGAUCAAGAAGGAACCUGAAGACGAUUAUUUACCGAUGUGUCACGGAAAGUCAUUGAGAAAUGAAAGUGUUGUCCAUUUCAAUAAUGACGAACAUGAAUCAUUAAAAGGUGACUUCAACUGGACCUCCAUAUUACAUCAAGACAUUGAAAUAGCUGGAAUUAAAAUAAAAACAGAAGACUUACUUGACGGGCCAGACUCGUCUAAUUCAGUGCCAUCUGAUCCCAUGAGUCCGCCAUCAUCCGAAUGUAGUUCUGACAAUUUUAGUAUUGAGGAUUUAUUUUCACAAGCUGAUCUCUCCCCCGACAUAGCUGUGGAUUACACAACAAACGAUCCCUUAGAUCUGACAAUUAAUGGUGCUCAUAUAUCUCCUCCUGAUUGGUGGGGCGAUGAUCUGAACCCCGGAGAACAUAUGGAUAUUAAUCAUAACAGUGGACUUCAUACACCUAUCAUGCCAUCAUCACCUGUCCAGGAACACGACCCCCUCGAUGGGCACCCCUGGGCAGAGAGUAAUACAUUUGCAGACAUUGCUGAAGCAUUUGAUGUGGACAAUUUAUUCGAUCUGGAAAACAUUCCAAGCCCAAAAUUAUCUUGAUGAACGUGUAAUUCUAGUCAUUUGUUUAUUUAUUUAUUUAUUUAUCUAUUUAUUGAAGAAAUUUUGAUAAGAAUACUAAAUAUUAGGUGUUUAAAUUUGCUCAAAGCUUAUCGACUAUACUCAUAAAAAAGAAAUAGCCAAGAAACAAGAUGCCAGUAGUUCAGUUAUAGCUUUUGUGUUCACCACUCACAAUUAGAGAAAAAACAAAAAAGUCAACCUUUAUUUUAAAGAAAGUUAUCAUACUACUGAAACUAUUAUGUGUUCAAAAUAAAAGACUUCAUACAUGUGGAUACACACAUGUAGAUAUAAAUGAAUGUGAAGUGCUAUUAUUUUCAUUUCAUUUCAUACUUCCACAUUGACCAAUGAAAAGGGCAAAUAAGUCAAAACUGAAAAUGCUGACCUGGCAUAUUACAUUAUUAUCGUUCGUUUUCUGUGAUAAAAUUAAAAGUGCUAAAACUGAUAAUAUCUGUGAUCAACAAUAAUAAUGACCAUAAAAAAUUGAUUCUCAUGGCUCUGAUUAUAAAUCCGUCCAAAAAUAUAUAUUAAAGAGCCAGUAGCCAUUUAUGGUUGAUAUUAAAAGCAAUCAAAGUAAUUUGUUUUACAAGUAACAUUUAAAUAAUGAAGAAAGAGAUUUGAUUGUUAGCGUAACAUUCCAGCAUUUUAGAUAAAUUUGUUAUUUGUUAUAAAAUAUAUAUAUAUUUAUUUCUUGAGAUAUAUUUUUUUAUCUGAAUAUUUUGUACAGUACAAAAUUUUAUUGUAUACAUAUAAUUAGGUCAAUUGUUUUAAAUGACCUUGUAAUUAGCAAAUUAAUUUAUUUCUGUACAUAUUGUCUAUGAUCAUGCUCGUUAUGAUCCGACACACAUAUUGUUCCCCAUUUACCAUAUUUGUUAUCAUGUUAGAUCUUAUAGCUCUUGUCUGUUCUACCUUUGCAAGUUAGCAGUUUUUGUAAGCCUAUGACCGUUACAAUAGGAAUAACUGUCACAAGUUGGUAAAUCUUAUUGUUAAAAUGUGAUAAAUUAUUUACUGAUUUGCAUGAUCAGACACAUAUUUAAAUUGAUAACUUUUUGAUCAGGUUUAAAUUUUUACACUUGUGAUAGGAAUAUCUUAAUGUUCAUUCAGCUGUUACUGAACGGCUUUAUUUGGAUUUAUUUGAAUUAAGUAAAGGCAUUAUGUAGAAAAUUAAAUGGAAUAAAAAGAAUUAAUGGUCUUUUGAAUGUUACCAAUUUCUAACAUAUUUACAAAUCUUUUGAAAUAACCAUCAUGGUUUAGAAUUUAUAGCUUUAUAUUUCUAACAGAUUUUUUCCUCUUUAAAUUUCUUUCGAUUUAAAAAUCAAGAGGAGAUAGCUGUUUUGGUGUUUAAUCAAAUUCAAGCGAGAUAAUUUGUUUGUAAAUUGUAAAUUAAAAAGGUAUAGCAGACAAGAGAUUACUGGACUUUCCAGUUCCAUUCAGUAUUAUUGAUUCCGUCCAAGAAAUCAUGUGAUCAUGUCAUCUAUCAUGUGAUAUCAUCUACAACAAUCAUGUGAUCAUGUCAUCCAUCAUGUGAUAUCAUCUGCACCAGUCAUGUGAUCAUGUCAUUACUAUAGCACUUCAGGAGUGACUGGUUUGCAAUUAACAGUAUUUAUUUUUUUGUUGAAAAUGAUGAAAAAAGAAAAUAAAAUUUCUGAAAAUUUA